CAAAGUGGGAAUACUUCCUGUUUCCCUCAGAACAGGUCUGAGCUGUGGCUGAGGUAGGAAAAAAAGCAGGUCCGAGAAAAAGGAAGGUGUGGGAGUACACAGAGUCGAGCAGAGACGUAUCCUUGGUGAUGGACUCUUUCAAAGGACCGUGUCCUCACAUGAGCGUUCCUGUCGAGAUGGAUGAGAGCAUGACAUCCUCAGGCCUGGAUUUAGCUUUGGCUCCGUCCUGCAAACAGUGCAGUGAGGACGCAGAGACCGCCAGGAGGCCUCAGGAACAUGCCUGUGAGGAAUAUGAUGCUGCAGCUCCUGAUGCGAGGCAGUGGAGACCACCUGAGAGCCAGUACCAGCCCCCCUUCAUUCCCCCUCAACACUCAGGACAGAUGAACUCCCCCCGCCUUGCUGAGGUGUGGCAGCGGGGUCUCGGAGAGCGGGCGUCGCUGUAUGAACAGGACCUCGUGGUCAACCACAGCAGAGGCUUUGCACAGGGCCGCUCUGUGGAGGAGGCAGAAAGCUUGGAGCCCCCCCUCUCACUCAUCUCCGACGCAAACAGCCCCCACUACGUCCCGCCACGGCACCCUGCUGCACGUAUGCCCGGCCCGAAUCCAAUUCAGGGGAGGUGUGCGUGCUGCCCUCCAGCCAAUCUGCCCCAUCACAAUUAUAAUGAUUUCCAUUAUAAGCAGCAAGGUUACCCAGCGGAUGCACGCCAGCAGCCUCGACACCACCAACCGCCAGGGAAUCCCCCUAAUAAUGUGGAACCAUUCAGACAUGCUCCAAACUCCCCCCGUGGACCUGUGGCUCAGUGUGCAGCCCCGUGUGCAGCCCCGCCUAGAGACGUGAUGCACGAGGUCAGCGUGGAGCGCUCCUUUCAGCCUGCUCCAGGUCCAGGUCCAGGUCCAGGUCCAGCCACAUGGGAGAUCAAGAUCAGCCUACCCGAGGAGAGCAGGAAUGUUUUCAUCACAUAUUCUGUGGACGUAGCAGAGGAGAUCAUUCCCUUCGUUAAAUUUCUGGGCGAUCAGGGCUUCAGACCCAAAAUUGACAUCUUUGACGAUACGAUCCAAAGGAUGGACAUCACCAAAUGGAUGGACAGAUUUCUGAACGACAAAUCUGUGCUCAUUAUCGUGGUGAUCAGCCCCAGGUACAAGGAGGACGUGGAGGGGAACAGGGACGACGAGCACGGCCUGCACACCAAGUACAUUCACAAUCAGAUCCAAAAUGAGUUCAUCCGUCAGGGCUGCCUGAACUUCAGACUGGUCCCCGUGUUGUUUCCAAAUGCAACCAAGCAACAUGUCCCAAACUGGCUGCAGAGCACCCGGAUCUACCGCUGGCCUCGGGACACCACCGACCUGCUGCUGCGUCUGCUCAAGGAGGAGCGUUACAUCCUCCCACAGCGUGGGGCCGACCUCACCCUCACCGUGCGUCCCCUCUGAGACAAACACGAUGGAUUGUUGUUAAUAUGACUGUUUCAUGAGAAGCCUAUCUGUGGAUUUAUCAAGCAUUUGUUAUCUCACUGAACAGGCUGAAAACCUUAAUGACGAUUGUUAUGAUAUGUGCACUCAUAAAGCUUGGUUGCCAUGGAUACUUCAAAGGACAAAGACAAUCCAUUAAUGAUGUCUUUCUAAAUCAUAUAUUUCUCAAGCCAAAGUUUUUUUUUCUGUGAGUAACAUUCACACUCCCAAAGAGGAGAGGUGGAGAGUUUGAAAUGUUUCAGGAUGAGGCCGGGACGAUGGUGAUGAUAAAAAGCCUCAAAUUAACCUUUAAAAACAAAACUGAACCUGUUUUUCUAUCCAGCACCUGAUGAAGAGCUAGGUCGGGCUUGAAACAUUGUGUUUUUUAAAUGCAUAUAGCAAAUAAAUGAGUUUGGGAGCCAUAUGUUGGGAGUCUUUGUGCAUCAUAAACUGCGGGUCAUAGUCAAUGUCAAAACAAGAAACCUGCAAAGUCUCCGUCUAACCCCUAACCAUAACCCUAUCCACAAUAACUUACAUGAAGCAGCCUCAUGCCAUGAUUUGGUUUUGUAUUUUGUAUAUUUUCAGUGUUUCAUUCUUUCCUAGUGUUGAAUGUUUCCUAGUUUAGUCUUUCCAAAACAGUUUCCUGUUUGAUUUUGUUAUCCUAGUGUAUCUCUCGAGGAUUUAGGGUUUUGUGUUUUAGAUUGUAGUUCUUGUCUCCAGUGUUUCUUGUCUUGUGUUUAUUCCUGCCUCUGUGUGUGUUUCCCUCCAGUGUGAUUACUCUCAUUGUCUUCACCUGUUUCAACUCACCUGUGUUUGAUUACCCCAUGUCUAUGUAGUCUGUGUUUCUCCCUCUCUGUGUCAGAUCAUUGUUUGUUAGUCAGUCCAUGCUGUCAGAUGUUCCUCGUGCUCCUGUGUAGUUUCCUUGUAUCUUUUUGAACUUUGUUGGACUGUUUUCAAAUAGUACAUUUUUGUCAAUCGGCGUAUAUGAGAGCCUUGACCUCUGUGGACACUUUUAAAAAAGCAGCUAAAGACCCAACUGUUCAGACUUUAUUUAAUCUGUGUGUAUUUGAUUUUAUGUAAAUGUCUGUUUGUUUUUAUAUUCUUAUUAAUAAAACACAUUAAUUUAAGCACAAA